AACUCGAUAUUUAGGAGCGAAAAAUACUUUCUUCUUCUAGAUCGCCGUUUCACCUUCCCGGACUCCCAAUCAAAUCCCCAAACUGUGCGUCAGUGCCGCUAUUGGCUUUUACGCCGCCCCGAUCCCCACCGCCCAUAUCCCAACCCUCACCAGACCGACGACUUACAGUGGGAAGAGGAGGAUCUUAUUUGUUCUUCUUCGUCAUGGAUUUCUCGGAACAAGACGUUGAUGUUUUCGGAGAGGAUAUUGAAGACGAGGAAGAGGAACCGGCCGCCGAACACGUGGCUGCCGCAGAGGAGGAAAACGGCAGCGGCGAUUCGUCUGCUUCGUCUUCUUCGUCGGCUUCCUCUUCCAGCAGCGCGAGUGACAGCAGCAGCCGAAGCAGUAGCGACGGCGAGGAGGAAGACGGCAACUCCACUGCUCUUGUCAGGUCUGCCGAGAUGGGAGGCGAAUACGUGGAGGAAGAGGAGGACGAGAGGGAUCUAUUUGGCCCAGACAAUGAAGCGUACAUGAAGACGCACGCCCGCAGUCCUUUUCCAGUUCCUGUAUUGCCUCCUCUUCAGAAUAACCAGAACAGAAGUAACUUCGGACGUGGUCGAUGGCAGUCUGGGUAUAAUAACAGAGGUCCACCUCUUCUUCCACGACCAGGGCCUUAUUCACAGAGGCAGAAUUAUGGUUUUGGUUCUAAGUUUUCACAUGGAAAUGGUCGUGAGAGUGAACAUUUUGUUUCUGAAAUGAAGCUUACAAAGAGUGAAGAAACUUUGUCUAGGAAGAUUAUUCAAUUUCAGGAGCCUUCUGAGAUUGGGUGUUAUAGCCGCGUUGAAGGUGGGGUUGUCUAUUUUGAUGACCGAAGCUUGAGACUCUUCAAACGCACCAUAUGUGAGGAUGUUGGAGCAGAUCUAAACAAAGGAUUUGAGUCCUUUGUUGAAAAAAGAGACUUGGGCUCUCAAGGCUUUGGUGAUCUUCUUGCUUGCAUAAGAAACAAAAACAUACCUCUUCAAAAUAUACAUUUUGUUACUUUUCGUAACAAUCUCAACAAGAUUCUUGCUACAGCAUAUAUAAGAAAUGAGCCAUGGAAAAUGGGUGUGCACAAAAGACGCGGGGUUGUGUAUCUUGACGUGCAUAAGCUUCCAGAAAGGCCACAAAGCCAACUAGAUUCUAGGAGAUGCUAUUGGGGCUAUGCGUUUGAGAACCUUGCCACCGAAAAUUCCACCGAAACAGAUAUAGAUGGUAAAGGUAUUGAUGCAAAUGUAGAGUUCUGCUCCGUGAUAAAGACUAAAUUGGGUGCACAUAGAAUAAUUAUGGGUGCUGAGAUGGACUGCUGUGAUUCUACUGAUGAUGGAAGAAGGUUCUAUGUGGAAUUGAAGACAAGCCGCGAGUUGGAUUAUCGUACAGAGGAGAGAUAUGAGAGAGAGAAGUUGCUGAAGUUUUGGAUACAGUCAUUCCUUGCUGGUGUCCCAUAUAUUGUUAUUGGAUUCAGGGAUGAUGCAGGCAUACUAGUCCGAACUGAGAGGCUAAGAACCAAGGAUAUUACUCAAAGGGUGAAGAUGAAAAACUAUUGGCAGGGGGGGGUAUGCCUUGCUUUUGCCGAUGAAGUUCUAUGUUGGCUCUAUGGAACUGUCAAAGAAAAUGAAGACUAUGUGUUGCAGUUUGUGCCACCUUUCCAUCGCUUGGAACUUCUUCGAGCGGAGUCUUGCCCCGACGUCAUCGCUGAACAUGCUGAGCAAAUCUGAGUAACGUCGAACAAAAUUUUUCGUCGUACCAUUAGCACCAACUGAAUUACGAAGUAGCAUAACAUUCGCCAUGAAGUGGAUGAAAGACCUUAGAUGUUUUGAACUACUUGAUUAAAUGUAAUCGGGUGGCUCAACUGUGGAGGUCUUAUUGACCAUCAAGUCUGAUGUCGUCUCUGAACAUGCUGAGCAAAUCUGAGUAGUACUCAUGGAACAAAUUUUCCAUCAUACCAUUUCCACCAGUUGAAUCACGAAGUAGCAUAACAUAUACCAUGAAGUGGUUGAAAGACAGAUGUUUCAAACUAGAUUGAAUAUAAUUGGGUGGUCCGGCUGUUUUAGAUGCUUAA